AUGCUUAGUAUUCGGGUCGUUGUUCAACAACAAAAAAUAUCUGUGAGCCUCUCAUCACCAACGGUUUCGGAGCCUUUAGCAGCUCCUUUCGCCUUGUUUAUCCCACAGAUCCUCAAUCUGCCUUACAACCUCGGUGUCAAAGAUGAUAAACAAGGUCUAGGUCAAAACAAAAUUGGUAGCCGACAUGAGGGUGAGAAAUUCAAAAAUUCGUUUGACCAUACACACAACAAACGAAGUGUCCUUGCUGAUAUGAUGUAG